AUGGACAUGUCCGACUAUAUUCCUUUGAAGUACAUUAACUUUUACGAGAGUCUUAGGGUAAAGUCGGGUAUAUUGUACAGGUCUUUAAUUUGUACCACCUCAAUAUUUUAUGAACUAUAGAACUCUAACGCCAUCUAUUUACCUUGUUUGAUAGCCCCUGGCGCCAAAACGUAUCUAACGAACUCUUGCAACUGACGGUCGUUCGUGUAUCUAGUUAUUUGGUGUUUUGUGAAACACGUCCUCACGCAUGCCGUUAUAUUUUUCGUAGUUAUUGAUCUUUUUAUAAGAUCUUUAUUGAGGCUUAACAUAUGGAAAAUGGAGCGAAGAAAACAUGAAGAAAGCAAUAAAACUGUACAAAACGGGAGAAUUUGGACUUAAUGCGAUCUGCAAGAGAUAUCAGAUUCCAAAGCCAACGUUCAAGAGGCAUUUGUUAGGGACAAAUGUCAAAGCAAAGGAAGGACUGAAAUCACUAGGUAGGGUCCAAGUAUUCAGCACCGAAGUAGAGCAGGAGCUAGAAAAUCAAAUCCUGAAAAUGGAAGAAAUUUUCUUUGGACUCACCAUUCAAGAUAUUAGAAGAGCUGCCUAUCAGUUUGCAGAGAAGAAUGGAAUAAAACAUAAUUUCAACAAAGUGAAGGGGACAGCCGGUAAAGCAUGG